GAGAGACGCCAGUCCGCACUCCGUCGCUGUAGUAACGUCUGGGAAGGGGAGACACCGAGCCGCAGCUCACAUUCAUACUUCAGACGGAUAUCAAAGAAAAACACCAACAAACAACCGACUCGAGUUACACUACAUGUGGCUUCGAGCGUGAAAUAAGGCUGGAGGGAUAUUUUGUUAUUAACUUGACGUCGUUUGGAACUAAAACCUGAGCGGGAUAUAUGAACUCAACGGGACGCUGAGAAGGAGCACAAAAAUAACUUUUUAACUUAUUGUUCCUCGCCGAGGAAUUAUCGUUUCUUUCCGCUCCAACAGUGGAACAAGUAGGCUACAAGUCGCUUGAAGUUGUGCUGUGUUAUUCCUCAUUGUGGAGCUGCUGCUGCUGCGGUGUGUGCGUGUGUGUGUGUGUGUAUAUGUGUGUAUGUGUGUGUAUGUGCGUGUGUAUGUGUGUCUACGUGUGUGUAUGUGUGUGUUGGCGGUGAGCGAGACACCAGAGAAGCGGAGGCUCGUCAGCCACCUGACCUCCUGGAAAAUUAGACCUUAGCUAAUGCCACGCACGCUGAGAUCCUUACGUGGCUCAUUACUAAGCCCUCUGACGGAGCGGGAACAGUGUCCACCAGGCUGUUGCAUGUCCAGUCCUGACGCAGCAUUCCGCUCCUGAAGUUUGUCCAAUUCAAUUACUGAUAUCUAAAUGACGUGGUCGUGAUGCCAAGCGCCGGUCUAAUCCCGUGCAACCAGCCCGCAAUGCCUGCUCUCUAACCCCGCACCAGUGUGGCGCCGUGUCCCGGUCUCACCGCCAGGAUGAGCAGCACCGACCUGGAGCGCAUGUCGCUCAGCUCCUCGGCCAACUCCGUGGCCUCCAGCGCGCGGACUCUGUCGGCCAACGUGAAGAAGCUGCACAACGCUCUCAAUCUCCUGCUCAAUGACUUCGAGAGGGAGCAGUUCAUCCACUGCCUCAACGUUUACCACUCCAAGAGGAACGUGUAUGACCUGGUGCAGACCCUGAACGUCAUCCUCAAUGCGCCCAGCAAGAGGCAACUUCUGCCCAUGCUGCGGCUGGUCAUCCCCCGCUCUGAUCAGCUCCUCUUCGAGCAGUACACCUCGGAGGGCCUCUAUUUAAAAUCGGAUUUAGCUGCAAGCAAUGGCAACGCUGAACCCCCACCGGGUGACUUCCCAGGCGCAAGCCCGACUCCUUCGGGGCAUUUUUCCCCAAACAACCAGCCUGAGUAUCAGGUCGCGUUGCGGGGUUCUCCGGACAGCUUCAGCACCAGCAGCGAGGGGACAGCUCCCCUGGUGCCGCUGCUUGGGAGAAACUUUAUCCACGAACCGCCUGGAGAGAUACGGCAGGUCAACAUGAAGCGGCACAAGAGCAACGAGGGCCUGGGCUUCAGCAUCCGGGGCGGCUCGGAGCACGGGGUCGGCAUCUAUGUGUCUCUAGUGGAACCGGGGAGCCUGGCGGAAAAAGAGGGUCUCAGGAUCGGUGACCAGAUCAUGAAAGUCAACGACAAAGUCUUCGACAAAGUCACUCAUGCUGAAGCGGUGAAGGUGCUGAAGGGCAGUAAAAAGCUUUGCCUCUCUGUGCGCUCAGUCGGGCGGAUUCCAGGCGGAUACGUCACCAACCAUGUUUAUACCUGGGUUGACCCUCAGGGCCGAGGUGUGUCCCCUCCCCCUGACCUGCCUGAGCAUCGAAGCGCCACCCUGAGAAGAACUGACAGCCAGAGACGCAGCAACAUGCAGUUACUGCAGGAGGGCGACGAGAAGAAGGUCAACCUGGUUUUGGAUGACGGCCGGUCUUUGGGUCUGAUGAUCCGAGGGGGUGCAGAAUACGCUUUGGGAAUUUACAUCACCGGAGUAGACCAAGGAUCAGCAGCAGAGUGUGGAGGACUCAAGGUGGGCGACCAGAUCCUGGAGGUGAACGGACGCAGCUUCUUGAGCAUCCCGCACGAUGAGGCCGUCAGGGUCCUGAAGUCAUCGCGGCACCUGAUGAUGACGGUGAAAGAUGUUGGCCGUCUGCCGCAUGCCAGAACUGUGGUGGGUGAGACCAAGUGGAUCGCCAGCUCACAGAUCGCUGAGAGUUCGGCCAACAGCAGCGUGGCAAGCUUCUCGAUGGACAAAGGAGCCUCUGCGGCAGGAAAGUCUGGCUUCUAUAAAGGUGUAGCGGGCUCACAAGUGACCCUGUCCAGCCUGGUGAACCAGUCUCGGGCCAUGCUGGAGGAGCAGGCUCGUCACCUACUGACAGAGUCAGAGCGGCAGACGAUGGGCUACUACGUGGAGGAGUACCGGGACGGACACAUCGGAGUGGAGCAGCUCGUCGUGGCGCUGUUUGAGCUGCUUAACACACAUGCAAAGUUCUCUCUGCUGUCGGAGGUGCGAGGCCUGGUCACACCGCAGGACCUGGAGCAUUUUGACGGGCUGGUGCUGCGACGAGAAAUUCAGGCUCUCAAAGCAAGACAGGGGACAGGUGGAGCAGCGGCACACCAACCAGACUCCCUCUCAGUGGUGUCGUAUCCGGACACCCUGACCUCGUCUUCAGCCAGCUUCAUGACCAACACCACCCUGAGCUCUGCACGGAACGACAGCGUGGCCGAGAGUAAUGAGGGGGAUCCUCCGGAGAGUCUGAACACGCUGCUGACCGACAUCUCUCUGGAUGACGUACAGUCCACCACAGCUGACUCUCCCCCCUCCUUCAAGCCUCCGCCCCCACCGGGGGUGCAGAGGCGCCCGACUAGACGAGAUCAGCUCAACAAAUGCCCCUCGUCCGAAUCCUCCCAUUCAGGCUUGUACUUCACAGCCCAGACCUCUCACAACCACAGCAAAGAGCCAGGACGCACGGCAGCCUCGCCCUCUCUGCACCACAAACGAGAACACCCGAAGGACACUUCUCGGGACUACGCAGUGGUCAGAAAGAGAGACCCCCCUGUUCCUUCAAAGAAGGACCAAAUUACAUCUGCCCAGUUGUCAAAGGUCAUCCAGCACAGCAUCGGCCCCUUCCCCAGAGUCCAGUCCCCAAACAGAGUCACCAAACCUACUCCCCCUCCCCCUUCACCUCCACCGCCACCACCACCUCCACUCCCUGCUCCUCCUCCUCCACCCCCAUCUCUGCCUCUCAAGCCAGUUUCCAUGUCCAAAGCGUCCUCUGCUGGUGCUAAACCGCAGUUUGUUACAGUGGAGGUUCACAGACCCAACGCAGAGCCGGACGUUAACGAGGUGCGCCCGCUGCCUCAAGCUCGAGGUGGUGCCCUAUCUCAGCUGUCAGACAGCGGGCAGACCCUCAGUGAGGACAGCGGGGUGGACAUAGCUGAGUCAGGACACAUCAGCAAAGACAGCAGCCCCAAUUCCUCACGCACACACCAACCUCCAGACACGCAGCGGGGCGGGGGGGACAACCCCUCCAAACCGCCGGGCCUGUUGGAGCCCACUUCUACACUAGUUAGGGUUGCAAAGAGUGCCAGCACCCUGGGGAUUGCCAUUGAAGGUGGAGCCAACACUCGCCAGCCCCUGCCACGGAUCGUCACAAUACAAAGGGGGGGCUCAGCUCAUAACUGCGGACAGCUCAAGGUGGGUCAAGUGAUCCUGGAGGUUAACGGGAAUUCCAUGAGGGGCCGUGAGCACAGGGACGCCGCACGCAUCAUCGCUGAGGCCUUCAAAACCAAAGAGAAGGACCACGUGGACUUCCUGGUGACCGAGUUCAAUGUGGCUCUAUAGCUGAGGAGAGGAGGAGAGAGGACGAUGAUAAGGAAGAGUCUGAGAGCCACAGGAGUGAAAGAGAAUUUAAGCUUCUAUUGAUUUGAAUGGCACAACUGUUGAAGACUGAAACAAACCACUAACUGAUCUCUGAGCCCUUCUUCUUUCUCAUAAAUCCUUCCUCGUGUCUGGAUAUGUGAUUCCUCUGAUUUACAAAGUAUUACUUCUGCUGUGGACUUCGUCAAGGAUUCUCCUCAACAUGUUACCUCCCCACUGUGAGACUUUAUGCACUAAAUGGAAAGUUGUGAACCUUUCGUUCAUCCUUUCAGUGUUAUACAUCGUGGACUUACAACCAUUGAAACCCACCGAGACUUAUCGUAGCACUCCCGCCCCCCCAUGGUCACUUUGAUUGAUUUAUAUUUUGCUUCAAUGUGAGAGACAACUGCUCAUCUAAGACUGAUUCAUGCUCCACUUUGUAUAUGUACAAAUGAACAAAUGUAGAUACAGAUGCAUAUAUAUAUACUGUACACAUAAAGAUCCUAUAUGAAUUAUAAACCCCCUAACCUUAUUGCAUCAUCAACAUAUAGUUAUAUAUUACAGAGAUGAUUAGUGAGGCUAUCCUGACAAUACAGGAUUCUACAAAUUUGACAUUAAUGCUACUGGCCUGUCUACGUUUUAUCACUUUUUCACAAAAGGAAAUGGAUUGAGCCACUUUGGGCUGACAUAAAAACACUUUAAAUGCU